GAUGCUGCGUGACCCUCCUCGUGCUCCGUAGAGUCCUCACUCCACCGGCUCUUCACACGAGUUCCACAGCAAGCAGAGAUGGACGCCGAGCAGAUGGGCCCUCAGACCUUCCUCUACGGCUGCGAGCUGAAACAGGGGAAGGAAGUGACAUUCAACCCUGAGGAUGACGACUUUGAGCAUCAGCUGUCUGUCAGGAUGGCGUGUGUCGAUCCAGCCACCAAGGAUGAGCUAAAUGUGGUGGAAGUCGAGGGCCAGGACUCAGAGGGUCAAAAGGUCAAAGCCGUGCUGGCCACGCUGAAGCCGUCCACCAUGCCAAGCGUGUGCCUGGGUGGCUUUGAGAUCAGCCCUCCUGUAAUUUUCCGUCUGCGUACCGGAUCUGGUCCAGUUCACAUCAGCGGCCAGCACCUCAUUAUGAUGAGCGGAGACCAGUCUUUUGAUGAAGACGAUGAGGAAGAGGAGGAGGAGGAGAUGAAGAGCGGUGUUAAGAGAGGAGCUUCAGCUGCCACAAAACCCUCAAAAAAGAUGAAGAUGGAAGAGGAGGACGAAGAUGACGACGAGGAAGAUGACGAAGAUGAUGAGGAAGAUGAUGAAGACGAGGAGGAAAGCGAAGAGGAGACGCCUGUGAAGGCCAAGAAACCUGCAGCCAAGCCACAGACUCCCUCACAGAACGGCAAAUCAAGCACGCCGGCGCCCAAACAGAACCAGAAGACACCAGACGUUGGCAAGAAGAAUGAGAAGCAGCCACAAACGCCCAAAAGCCCGAAGACGCCCAAAACUCCCCAAACCCCCCUCGGCAUCCCUGAAAUCAAGGCCAAGAUGAUGGCAAGCGUGGAGAAGGGAGUGGCGUUGCCCAAACUUCAGCCCAAGUUUGAAAACUAUGUGAAGAAUGGCUUCAAAGUAACUGACGCAAAGGUGAUUAGUGAGCUGUGGCAGUGGAGGCAGACGGUGAAGAACUAAUCCAACAUUUUACUCAGUUAAAUGAUGUCUUUUUUUUCUUUUCUUUUUUUAAAGUAAUUAUCCCUCCUGAAUUGUUCUCAUAAUAUUUGUCAUUCCUUUUUAAGUUUCAUUUAAGUCACUUUAUUCCACCUGUCUUUGUUUUUUCUUCCAAUUUGGACCUGCCGAGGCACAAAAUGGUUCCGUCUCUCACACACAAGUAGCGCCAGAAGAUAUCGUUUGUUUUUAUUUUUAACUUUUUAGUUAUGUUCAGAAGCUCCCGCUAAUAUCUGGUUUCUCUUUGAGACGGAUGUGGUUGUGUCUCUCUCAUCUGUAAAUUUCAUCAUGAGUGCAGCUAAGGGAUAUUCAUUUCUGAUUUGUUUCUGCAUCAUGUGUGUGUAUGUGUGAGUGAGUUUGAAGCAUAAAUGAAGCUGCACCUGUGAAUAUACUGUAUCAUAGCGCAGGUUGGAUGUUUAACUCCGAGAGAAGCUGUUCUUCUUCCACCGAGUUGGAAUAAAUCAGACUUGUCUGUUUGUGCUUUUGCAACAAAACACAUUUUACUGAACAGGAAUAAAAAGCUUUGGUUUUUGGGGAAAAAAAACCUUGGCACUGUCUCUGA